AGGGCAGGCGGCGGAGGGGUCCCGCCCCCGCGUCGGCAGCGACCGGUCGGGGAUCAUGGCCCGGAGGGGGCCUUCGCGGCCCGGUAAGAUACUGUCUUCUGGAAGGCUAACAGGAGCAGCUAAAGCAACAAAUGGACGAAAACAGUUUAGUUUAAGAAAAGGAUGUAAUUCUGAUGUGGAGUCUGCAUACUCUCUCUAUUCCACUGAAUCUGACGAUCAGGUUGAUACUAUUCACAAUGGGCUUGACCGUUGUGCAACUUUACUGAAGAAUAUCUUACACAACGAGACUGCAGGAAAGGAGACUAUCCACAAAAAACCUGAGAAAACUUCUGUUAAAACUACUUCCAAGCCUUUGCUAACCAAAGCAACUACUUGUAAGAAGAGAGGACUGGAAAAAGUCUUUACUCCUGCCCACAUUCGAAAAGAAAUUAUAGUGCCAACGUCAAAUAGAAAACUUGCCUCAUCCACUGCACCACCUGCUCAGAAGGAACUGCCCUGUGCAGCACAGAGCCAGAUGGUUCAGCUAAUUCAUGUGCCUUGCAGCCAACGCUCUCCUGUGAUGCGUCAGAAACUGUGUGAGCAUGUGCAAACUCAGAUGUCUCUCAUAACUGGCCAAACAUCACAGAACAGUAAUGAAAAGCCUGCUUUAACUCCUUUUUCCACCUCAAAUCAGGGAUGUCAAACUGUAACAGCUUUUAAUUAUCGAUUACCUACCUCCACAUCAGCUCUACCCCUGCAACAUUCAGUGAAGCCCUUAUCUACUCAGUCAGAUGUUCCUGUAGAGAGUGGCAAUGAAUGUGUGCCAGAGAUGGGAGGACCCAUGGUUUGCCCAGUGGUUUCUGCUGCUCUUACUGCACAAAUACAGUCUGCCACUGCUCUUGCUAAUAUACUCCCUUGUGUAGCAUCAAGUGCCCCGAGUAAUUCUACAGUGCCAACAUUCACCUUGUCAUCUGGCAGAGAGAUGACUUCAAACAAUGAGCAACAGAUAAAAGAAGCAGAUUUGAUAAGAUGCAUACAAGCUCAUCUAGCCAUGUUACAGUCACAUGAAGUGAUGAAUGGCAGGACUGAACAGAAAUGCCAUUGUUGUCCAGCAAAACAUGCUUCAUGUAAAAAGGAGGAGGAUACUUCCGGAGAACAUGAGAAUGUAGUCAAUGAAGAAAAUGAGUCAAGUGUAGUUGACAUAGCUCCAGUGAGAGAUGCAAGCUGUAAGACAAAUUUUGUGAAGAAAGUCCUAAAAUCCAGAAAAGAAAGUCCAGAAGAAACAGCUCAAAAAAUUAAGACUGUAAAAUAUCUUCUGGGAGAGCUUAGAGCACUGAUAACAGAUCAAGAUGAUUUGGAAAUGUUAAGGUUGAUGGGUGAAAUAGAAGACUGCAUAUCACUGCUGCCAGCUGUAGCAGAAAGUACCAAUACACAAACUGAAAUAGCAUUAGCUUUACAGCCUCUGAGAAGUGAAAAUGCCCAGCUGCAGAGGAGACUGAGAAUAUUAAAUGAACAACUCGAGCGAGAAAGAAGUGAGAAGACAUCUGGACAGAGCUGCAGCUACGAAUUGGUUUCUUUGCAGUCCUUGAAUAUGAUGCUCCAAAGUCAAUUACAAGAAUCACUGAAAGGCCUUGAGUCACUGCAGGCUAAAAAUGAAGAACUACUUAAAAUAAUAGAGAGUCAGCAAGAAGAAAAUAAACGUCUUGCAAAACAUAUUCAAGAUAAAGAGGAAGAAUUGCUUGAAAACAAACAGCAUUAUGAUAUUCAGUCCACCAAGCUCAAAAUUGAAGUGGAAGAGGCUUUAGCAAAUGUGAAGAGCCUUCAGUUUAAGCUGGAAGCUUCAGAGAAGGAAAAUAAGAUUUUGGGCAUAACGUUACGUCAGCGUGAUGCAGAAGUUAACAGACUGCGUGAAUUAACCAGAACCUUGCAGGGCAGUAUGGCCAAGCUUCUCUUCGACCUCACAGUAGACAACGUUAGACCCAAACCUGAAAAAGGUCUCUCGAAGUCUCUUCUGGAAGACCAUGAAAAGCAGAUGCAACCUGAUCCAUUUCCUGGAAGUACUUCAGUAAUGACUUACUUAAAGAAAUUAGAAAUGGAUCAUAUUUUGACAGAUGCAGAACUUCAGUGUGCAAAUAAAAGUGGAGAAUUAGAAAUGCGAAAUCUAGCCUAUGAAAACUUUUUGACUGAAGGAAGUAAAAUAAGCAAUACAUUCUCUAAGGAAGGAAUAUCAGCUCCCAGAAUACUGAUACCCUCAGUGAAGCAAGAUGCAGAAACAGUUAGUGAUUCUGGGACUCUACUAGAUGACCGAAACAAAUUGGAUGAGACUGUUUAUAUUCCAUUGUCUAGCAGUGCCUCUAAAAGCCAGCAGCCCAUCUCAGAAAGAACUGGUUUGCUACCUCAAAGUAGACAGGCUUGUAAGAUGUUGGACUACCACUGUGAGCUUUCAAACUCUGUGCAGCAGAAUGGAUGUGAUAUCUUAAAGGAUCCGACUAAUCUGAGUAAAGUAAGUGCUGGGUACAGUAUGAAAAAGACUAUGGAAAUCACACUUGAAGUUCCAGUGGAUAAAGUGGACCUGGAAGGAGACAAAGUCCACAUGAGGCCAGAAGGAACUCCAAGUGGAGCUGCAGAAGACUUCACUGAUAAAUCAGACCAACCUCAGCCUGGUACAUACCCUCGCAUAUCACUGCUACCUCAGAAAAAAGGCAGUGAAAUAGCUAGGUUUAGUUCCCUUUCAUUUGAUGAUGUGUCAGGGAAGUCUGAGUGGAGUGCAUCUUCUUUCUCAACAUUUACUUCUCGAGAUGAAGAGGACUUUAAGAACAGCUUAGCAGCCUUGGAUGCCAACAUAGCUAGAUUACAAAGAACUCUGCAAAACAGCAUUAUGAAGUAGUGACUAUGAGGAACCAAAAUGGGGUGCACUCGUUUGGAUUAGCUAGGAGGCUUUUUUAAGUACAUUAGUAGGUAUGGUAUAAACAGGAGUAUUUUUAUUUUUUGGUAUUAAAUGACUUGUUGCUAACUGUUUAAAUUAUGAAUGAGUUUUCUUCCUCUUUGAGCUGUGGUGCUGCUGGAUUCGAUAUGUACAAUUUUAAAUAACUGAUAUAAAUGCUUUCUUUUAAAUUAGGACUUAGGAUUUUGCUCUUACUUGCAGAUUCAUUCUUAAAACAACACUUGGUAACUGUUUUAAGACACCAGUGUGCUGUUGGCAGUACAGUUUUUCUGUUAAAUGCUAAAGUACAUAGGCAUGCUUUUUCUCUGUGCUUUUUCAUCAUUGAGAGAGAUGCAUUUGAAGCCAGUUACAGAUGUGAUAAAAAGAACAUUUUAUUUGAUUAUUAUUUGAGUGUUAUCAAAUUGGAUGCAGUUGUUUUGCUUAGUUAUGACCCUGUGUUUCAAGAAACCAUCUCCUUGUUCCUGCCUACCAUAAAGGUGUGCAGACAGUAGUGUCAACGUGAGAGAAACAAAUUAAUAGGAUUUCUUGUUCAGCUGCAUUGCUACUUCGUCCAAAUUGGCUUUAAUGAAGAACUGGGAAUUUAACUCAUGCAGAUGGAGCUGCAUUGGACAUUUUAAAAGAGUUCUGCCUUGACUAGGUCCAUCUCUUCAAGUUGUUUUCAGGGAUUUUUUUUUUUUAAAGGCAAUUUAGAUGCAGAAGGCUAAAUGAAACUUCCUUGUUUACUCAUUCAUUUUUAAUUCCUAAAGAGUAAUUGCAAGAUACCUGAUAAGGAGGGGUUUGAAUCUGGGUUAGGAGUGAGUUGUAACGAGGCCAAUAUAAAAAUUAUUCAAUCAUUCAAUUAAAUAUAUAAAGUAAAUUUCCCCAAACUUAUUUACAGUUAACACUCAAAACUCCUAUUGUGUGGUUGGUAAAACUAAUUUUUGCAGAAUGUAUCUAUACAGUCACAUUAGUUUAAAUAAUUUAGGAAAGGUUUUUAGAACAUGUUUAGAACUGGAGAGUUUUGCAGCUUAAAGGUUAAACAUAAACUUUCACAAAAUAUGAGUAAAGAGAGUUAGUUUACUCACUGGUUAAGAGUCUCAAUAUUUGCAAUCCAAAAGCAUAAACGGGGAAGAUCGAUUCGCAGCCACAUGGUGGCCUUCCACGUGGUGAUGGUGCCACAGGGCUUUGCUGCUUGUUUAGCUCAGAUGGAGCACGUUGUCAGAGAAGGCCUACAAACACAAAGCAAGCCCUCCAUGGCUCUCAGGAAAUCAGCAGAGUGGUCAGGUACCUGGGCAAAGCAGGAUCCAGGUUGGGGGGAGGUGUAUGGCAAUGAGUCGGCCCUCGGGUUGGAGCAGCCGACAGGUCCCCGCGUUGCAGCUCUUUGCUAGGCCAUUGCUAUAUUGUUGCCUAGACUCCGCCAGGGUCAAACAGACUCUGGUUUGGCUGAGCUCAGGCCGGCAGCUGUAUCUCCACGUGGGGCAAGCUGUUUCAGUCCUUCGGCUCAGUGUGGGAGACAGGCAGGGUCCGGGCUGCCGGUCCUAGGCGAGGCAAGUCCCCAGCUACACGCUAUGCAAAGUGUUGUGGUACACACGAGGCACGCAAGGCAAACAGGUAGCGAACAAAACAAAACAGCAAACACACAAGUUUGCUAGGUUUUGAGCAUUUUGACAAACGUCUUUGUUCAAUAGCAACCGAUAAAAACAUCCCUAGAACCAAUUCUGAGUUGCAUCUCCAAAAGGAGAGAUGCACAUACCUAGCAUCAGUGACCUGUGUUUGCCGAAAACAAAGGAAGCUGCAAAACAAGGCCAAAUAUGGGGGCUGUGAUAGACUGAGAGGCGCUGAGGCUUUUGUCUACUCUCCCAGACUUCUUCCAUACGGGAAGAAGAAUGGGGGGGCAAGGGGGCCAAGGUAGGUAUUCAGGCAGGAGUUUACGUCAUGUCAUGGAUAUGUAUUCUAGGUAUAAUUUGGACCUUCCACCACAGGGCAAGAGGCUCCACAGGUAGAGACCAGAGAAGAGCCAGCUGCAGAGCAGCUCUGCAGGAACAUUUAAAGUAACAUUUGCGAAGUCAGGAUCAUGCAGUGCGUAAAAAAAACCACAAAACUCUGGUGGAGAGUCCCAAGGGUCACAAAAUGGGCUUGGGCAUGUCCUGUCUUGUCCAGACAUGUUUACCUGCCUGUCUGCAUUGCAGCCAGAGGUGGGAAAACAGGACAAAAGAAACCCAGGCAACCUAGUUUGGUUUAGUCCAGUCGCAUAAGAGGGGUUUCAUAAGACCCACACUCCUGUCAUGUGCAAGGCGAAUGUGCCCCCCAUUUUUGGAGGAGAGCAGCCUGUGGGUUCUUCCUUUUUUGGGUAUAUUUGGGUGAUUGCCAAAGGUGAUUGGGUGAUAGUGUGGCCAAUGAGACCACUGGCCUUGGCCACUGUCCUAUAAAAGGGGAUAAACAGGUGAAUAAGGUGCUUGCAUGCUUGUUCGUUCCUCACUCACCCACCUCCUCAGCCAGCAGCCGAUUCCACAUCGCAGCCCACGUGGAAUUCACCACAGGACUUCUACUGAAUAUUUUCCUGCAUACAUUUUGGGCCACAGACAUUAAGACUGAGGACUACUGAGUAUUCUGAAUUCUUUAUUCAAGUUGCUAAAGGGAUUUGGUUAACCUCACAAGCGUUGAAUUAAGCUGCAAGAGUCUCUAUCAAAGACGUUUCUAAAACCUUUCAAAACUCCAUUGUAUAGAGACAUUCUGUAAAAUAGUUCUGCUAACUGCAUCCAAAAAUUUGUGUGGAUAGUUGUAAAUAAGUUUGGGGGGAAUUAUCUUUGUAUAUAUUAAUAAAUAAUUUAAUAACUUUUGAA